AUAGCGCGAGCGAGAUUUGACAGCAGUUCACAGCCACCACUUGCUGCUAACCCUAAUUUCCUUCCGCGACAUCCGCGGGCGCUUGAUAGAAGCCUCGUGGCCACCCGGCACCGUGUUGCCCGCCAGCAUCCUCGUUCGUGCGCGCGUAGCCCGGUCGUUGAUAAGCCCGCCCCGAGCCAGACAGGUGGCUGCGCGCGCACAUGGCGGCGGCCGCACGCGCGUAGCGGACAGCGCCCGCGCCACGCGGAGACGAGCCUCUCGUAGCUUGCGAUCGCGCGAUCGCCAUCGGCCACUAUGCAAGCCGUUCGCGCGCUGUUAGUGCUGCUGGCGCUGGCCGUGGCGGCGGGGGCGGCGGAGGGGCGGCCGGAGGGCUUUGGACGGUGGUUCGUGGUGCCGGCGGCGGACGGCGUGGGGUCGUACGCGGGGGCGUGCGGGCCGGCCGUGGGGGGGGAGACGCCCGCGUGCAACGUGAGCGGGCGCAGCAAGGGGCACGAGCUGCGAAGCUACCCGGAUGAUGAGAUGUGGGUGACGACCAUAGUGGUCAACGCGUCGUAUGACAAGGCGCUGGAGGACGGAGUGUGGCGCUGCCGUGCCUUCUUCGCCGCCCACAACUCACGGGCAGAAGCCAUUCCGCUCACGGCGCCCGUGCUCACCAUGCCGCGCCCCGAGGCGGGGGGCUACGAGGUGUCGCUGCUGGUGCCGCGGCGCUACUCGCCGGAGAGUGUGCCGCAGCCGGCGGACCCCAAGGUGCGGCUGGUGAAGAUGCCGCGCGGCGUGGUGCGCGCGGUGCUGGGGCCGUUCGGGGGCUUCCCCAACGAGGCGGUGUACGAGGGCAAGCUGGCGCGCCUCAAGGCCCUGCUGCAGCGCCGCGGCAUGGCCUUCGACGAGAGCACGGGCGCGUAUGCCGCGUACAGCAGCCCCUACACUCUGCUCAACAGGAAGCAGGAGGUCUGGAUCACGGUGUUCCUCCCCAAUUGAUAGGGGGACCAGGUAGUGUGCUUGUACAGUGGCUUCUUAACGAGAAGCCUAAUGAAGUACCAGGGAGGUUUGGGUCCUGACUCACACCACAAUACUACGCGUCAGGGUAUUAUGGUGCUGUAACUAAAUGUCGGGAGUUUGCUGUGUCUGAAAAAAGUAUAAUUUGCCUAAAAAUGUCAGAUGCGUGGUUUUGUGAAUUUCCAAGAAUUCUCUUCAAUACAAAUUGAUUCUAAGU